GAAUAGAAGUAUAGCAAGUAAAACUAGAGCCUAGAGAGUUUGUCCCCCAAGCUUCGUGAAAAGGUGUUCGUUGGCCUUGGUCAUACUCAUCGUCAAUCGACGAAUUUUGAAGAAUUGCUGUGGCCUGUUAAUGGAGAAAACAGAAAGCGACGGACUUUCAGUAAACGCCAUAGCCGAAGGAGAACAACAAAGUCGAAGUCCGUCUCAAUCAUGGCAGUCGUACAUAUCCGAAGAUCUGCCUCGUUCGUUAAUGGAAUCGACUGAUGCUGCAAUUCGCUCCGCGCGCUCACUUCAUAAUGACUCUUCUGCACAUCUUCGUUCUUUGCAGGAUUUUUUGGCAGUUUCAAGGGUUAGGUUUUCUUACUAUGAAGAUGCUUUGUUCAAGAACUGCAAAGAUGGAUUGGCCACCGCAUUACAACACCCAAGUAUGACAGCUGGCAUCUCUUUGGCGGCAAUUUUUCUUCUUGUGAGAGGUCCUAGAAGAUUCUUGCUUCGCCAGACAUUGGGACGAUUUCAAAGUGAAGAGGCGCGGUUUAUUAGAGCUGAGAACAAUUUGAAGUCAUUGAAUUCUUCUGUUGAUUUAAUGAAGAAGGAAAGCAUGAAACUGCUUCAAAGGGCAACUCUCGCUGAAAAGGAGAUGAUAAACGGCCAGACUGAACUAAUGAAAGUGAGUAAACAGAUGCAGCACCUCACCAAGUCCGUGGAUCAUGUUGAAAGUCAAGCUGCAGGUUUGGUGGAUCUUCUACGGGAGAUACCAGGCAGGGAAGCAUUGCAACUUCGAGCAGAGGUUGCUUCAGUUGCAUCUCUUAUCAAGCAGCAAAAAAAUAUUUUGGCAAAAAGGAGGAUCAAAUUAAUCGAAAUGGGAGUUCCAGUCUGAUGCAAAAUUUAUCAAGAUGGUUCAGGUUGCUGAUCACCAUUUACAUCUAUGCAUAUCAACAAGUAGAAUUACAGGUUACAAAUUCUGCAAUGCCUCCUAUCUGCCCUUUUGAGUAAUCUUUGUCGUGCCAACUUUUAAAUAAACUCGGCAAGAAUUGUGUAUUCACAUUGUGAAAUUAUUUAUUAAAUUUGAGCUUUUCUCGUGA